AUGCCAAGACGGAUUUUCGCGCUCAGCCUCUUCCUAGUAUGGGCGCUUGUACAACGGCAGUGUCUUGUAGCAGUGGCGAUGGAGUCCUUUGGCAGCGAGGGAAACUUCAUCAGCGGCGGCGGCCACCACACGAUAGCCACGUCCGACUGCGCGCUACUGCUGCACAGGCACUACGUGCACGGGAUGGGAAGGUCGCCGGCCCCACGCUUCAAGGACUUCUUCGAGGCCUUCAAGACGUCGUUCGUGAGUGCGGGUCCACACGAGCAAGUCUGCAUCAAGUACUCGGACGUCAACAACGCUGUGCGAGAGGCCAAGUCAAGGCUGAACUACAUUCACCCGUACCGUGCCAAUGAUGUUCUGCCAGAGCCGAGGGAUAUUGCGACCACGGCUGAACUCUCGCUCCUUGUCACCAAGAUCCUGGCAACACAGUUCCGGAUGACCCACGACGAGAUCAUGAACGGCCUGCCGCUCAUCGACACCUCUCGGACCGAGAUGUGGGACAUGUGCCCGGCCCACGUGAAGCCCAUCCCGUGCACUGUGGAGCGCUACCGGAGCAUGGACGGCCGCUGCAACAACGUCAAGCACUCGUCCUGGGGCGUCACCAACACGCCUUUCGUCCGCUUCCUGCCGGCCCUGUACAGCGACGGAAUUCAGGGUCCUCGACAAGCGGCGGACGGCGGGCAACUUCCCAAUGCCCGUAGCAUCAGCAGCUUCGUCCACCGGGACUACGACCACCCAAACCGGCAGCUUUCCAUCCUGGUGAUGUCCUGGGGACAGUUCAUCGACCACGACCUCACGCUGGCGGCGCCGCCCAGAGACGAGCGAGACCUGGACUUCGUGUGCUGCGGCGUCCCGCCCAAGUUCCAGCAUCCGCUAUGCAUGACCAUCGAGGUUCCGCGGGAGGACCCCUUCUACGGGAAGUACCGCAGGACGUGCAUCGAGUUCAAGCGGUCGCUGGCCGGACAGCGCCCGAAUUGCGCACUUGGUCCGAGGACUCACAUCAACAUCCUGACGCACUCGAUCGACGCCAACUUCAUCUACGGCUCUUCCGACGAUCUCUCCAGAAGGUUGCGCUCUUUCUCAAGAGGGCAGCUCCGAACCUGGGAUCGCUUCCGUGAAGUGGGCCUCAAGCCACUCCUGCCACCGGAGUCAGAAAACCCGGAGCGCGACUGCAUCGGCCGACCCAGGCGACUCUUCUGCUUCCUUGCAGGCGACGAGCGUGUGAACGAACAGAUCCAUUUAACGGUGCUACACACCUUCUACGUGCGCGACCACAACCGGGCAGCCAUGGAGCUGUCCAGGCUAAAUCCGCAUUGGGAUGACGACCGCAUCUACCACGAAACCAGACACAUCAUGGCCGCCGCCGUCCAGUAUAUCACCUACAACGAGUUCUUGCCUAUGGCGCUGGGGGAAGACCUCAUGGUCCGCUACAACCUCACGCUCCUCAAGGAGGGCUACUGGCACGGCUACGAUCCUGAAGUGAACUUGGCACUGUCAAACUCGUUCCAGUCGGCAGCGUUCCGAUUUGGGCACACCUUCAUUCAGGGCAUGGUGAGGAGGUACAACAAGUUCCACGAGUUCAUCGGGGAGGAUCUGCUCCGAAACCUGCUGCGUCACCCCUUCAUCGUGUACGAGCCCGGGAAGCUGGACGAAUUGGCCGGGGGACUUAUCAACACUCCGGCGCAGACCUACGAUCCCUUCGUGACGCAGGAGGUGACCAACCACCUGUUCCAGAACCCGGAAGAGCCGUUCGGCAAGGACCUCAUCUCCAUCAACCUGCAGCGGGCCCGGGAGCACGGCGUGCCGGGCUACAACUCGUUCCGAGAGUGGUGCGGCCUGCCCAGGGCGCACGCCUUCGCCGACCUGGAGCCCUGGCUCAGCAACGGCACCGCCUUCCGAUACUCGCAGAUCUACAAGCACCCGGACGACAUCGACCUGUGGAGCGGCGGCAUCUCGGAGCGCACCCUGCCCGGGGGCAUGAUCGGCCCCACGUUCGCCUGCAUCAUCGCCAGGCAGUUCUCGAACCUCCGCCGGGGAGACCGCUUCUGGUUCGAGAACCCGGGUUUGCCGUCUUCCUUCACGCCCGAGCAGCUGCAGGAGAUCCGAAAAGCGACACAGUCCAAAAUCAUCUGCGAGAACGGCGACGACAUUCCCACCAUCCAGCUCUGGGUGAUGAGGCUGCCCCAUCGGAUCUACAACCCGAGGUUCCGUUGCGAGGACAUCCCGGGCAUCGACCUCCGGUACUGGCAAGAAGAUCCCAUCCACGGCGGAUACUCCUUCAGGAAAUGA